GACUACAAUCAUGAGGUAUAUUGAUCAGUUUACAAUCUGUACAACCGAUUCCAUCUUUCCUUUUCACCCUCGGUUUACCCAUUUCAUCUACAGUGGCCAUGAGUUCUUCCAACUACAUUUCUUCUUCAACUUUACCGACAUCGACUACUCACACCAUACAAACCAAGAGAAAAUGCAAUAAUACAACUGUUCCUUGCUCAACCACACCUUCUAUGUCAACUCAAGUUCCAAAGCCUGCGUUCUACGCCAAACCGUUCGAUAGGUUUGUGUUGAAAGGCGGAGGUGCACAACACGACAUAUUCAGGCGAUUCAAAAUCCGCCCGGCCGAAGAAGAAGACUUUUUGAUACACUGGAGCCAAAACAGGGUCAACUCGGGCAUCUUCUCACGCGACGAAGGAGGAACGUUAGAAUUCCGCAUUAGCUCCUCUGAUGCCUCCAAUCUAUCCAAAUUGGGCAUCGGCGGACGUGAAGGCUGCUUCAAAAGUGGCGUCCAAUGGACGCACGUCUACGACGAGGAGGGCGUAUCUUGGCUCACGCAGGUUCACUGGUAUGACUCCGACGAAUGGUUCCCAAAGGUGUAAGAUGAGAAUGGACACGACAUGGAGAGCUAGGGAAGGAUCGGUCGGUAUGGCCCGUCAGGGUUGACUCCGGGCGACUA